AUGGCCUCAACUACAACCACAACCACCGCCAUGGACACCAUCGCCGUCGUGACCUCGUCUCGAGCUGUGAUUUCCGGCCGUCUGACUUCAGCCACCAUUGUCAUCUCUCGUCGCACUGGCAAGAUCACUGCUGUCUUUGACUCGGUCAUUCCCGCCAACGAAUUCCCCGAGGGAACACCGUAUACCGACUAUUCGCCCCAUGUUCUGCUUCCCGGCUUGGUCGAUGCCCAUGUCCACCUCAACGAACCCGGCCGUACUGAAUGGGAGGGAUUCUAUACUGGUACCCAGGCUGCGGCCUUCGGAGGCGUCACCACCGUCAUCGACAUGCCUCUGAACGCCAUCCCGCCGACAACAACUGUUCCCGCCUUCAAGGAGAAGCUCCAGGCCGCUGAGGGCAAGUGCUGGGUUGAUGUUGGCUUCUAUGGCGGCAUUAUCCCUGGGAAUGCUUCCGAGCUCAAGGCCCUUGUCCAUGAAGGCAUUCGCGGCUUCAAAGGCUUCCUCUGUGACAGCGGUGUUGAAGAGUUUCCGAUGGUAACUUCCGAGGAUAUCAAGAAGGCGAUGAUUGAAUUAGCAGAUGAACCUACCACCCUCAUGUUCCACGCGGAGAUGCAACCGCACGAUAAAUGCCAAGGAACCGGGACACAACACGAGGAAUCCGGACCUGUCGAAGCAUAUUCAACGUUCCUGGCAUCCAGACCAUCCUCUUGGGAGACCGGUGCUGUCGAAGAGAUUCUUUCCCUGGCCCAUCUCGCCCCCAAGCUUAACCUGCACAUCGUUCACUUAUCUGCCAUGGAGGCCAUUCCACUUUUGCGCAAGGCUCGUUCCCAAGGCAUCCCCAUCACAGCAGAAACCUGCUUCCACUAUCUUUCCUUGGCCGCAGAGGAGAUCCGGGACGGAGACACCCGCCACAAAUGUUGCCCACCGAUCCGCUCCCAGCUGAACCAGGACGCUCUCUGGACCGAACUGGAACGCCACGGGGACGACGAAGGCGUCAUCAAAACCGUUGUCUCGGAUCACUCGCCCUGCACACCCGAUCUCAAACACCUCCCCGCGCACAUUCCUCCAGGAGAUGCCGACAGCGCACACAACGGCAGCUUCUUCUCCGCCUGGGGUGGUAUCUCUUCCGUAGGUCUGGGCCUUCCCAUCCUCUGGACAGAACUCAGCCGCCGUAACGGUCUCACCUCCGCACCCGACGACGCCAACACCAAGCGUGCUCUCCAGGAUAUCGUGCGUCUCUGCUGCGCCAACACCGCCGCCCAGGUCGGUCUGCAGUCACGAAAGGGUGAUCUGGUCCCCGGUUACGACGCGGAUAUCUGCGUCUUCGACGACACUGCUGAAUGGCUCGUCGAACCGAACACCAUGCUUUUCCGCAACAAGUGCUCGCCAUACCAGGGCCGUGUUCUUCGCGGAAUGGUCCGCGAAACCUGGCUUCGCGGUGAAAAGAUCUUCAGUCGGGAUGCGGGGUUCAGUAACAAGACUCCUUCGGGCAGUCUCCUAUUGGAGAAACGGGUUUGA